AGGACAGUCAUAAACAGUAGAGGAGAGGCAGAGCGCUCAGAUCAGAGCUGAAAGAAGAAGGAAACACCAGAUGAAAAUAUAUCCAGCUGUUGCAUGACCUCCAGGUGUCAAUGGACUGGGCUUUUAUUCUAGUUUUGCAGAUCAUGCUUCAGCCAUCCCUCUCAGUGUUGUUCACUGUUGAGGCAGAGAAAACCAUGUACACGUCGAAUUUCGGGGGAGCUGUUGUGAUGGGCUGCAGGUUUCAGCCUAAACUAUUAAGUCCUCUUGCUGACCUGAAGGUGACCUGGCACUGGAUCAGCAACAGCUUGGUUCGGGAUGUUUACCGGAUGGACGACUGGAGGGAGAACUUGGCAUCCCGGGAUCCGGACUAUGUGGGCCGAGUCAGGCUUCUCACUGAUGAGCUGCAGGAUGGCUGGGCCAAGUUAGAGAUCUCCAAGCUCAGGAUAAAUGACUCUGGCAACUACCAGUGUUUGGUGCAGACAAAAGAAGGAGCCGAUUAUAAAACCAUAACUUUGUCUGUUACAGCACCUUAUAAAAAUGUGACUAAACACAUUCAGAAGGUUGAAGAGGGGGAUGAGGUGCUGCUGACCUGCCAGUCGGAGGGAUACCCACGGUCCCCUGUUACGUGGCAGGAUGGACACCGACGGAGCAUCACUUCCAAUAGCACAGACAAAUCAUCUCCUAACCAGCUUUUUAAAGUCACCAGUCAGAUACGCGUCAAAUCGUCAGACAAAAACAACUACACGUGUACCUUUAUGAAUGGUGGCUACUCUGCAACAUUUGAUAUUCCAGACGAAAUAUCUGUUGCUGUUCCGCCAGUAAAGACCGACGCUGUGUUCAUCGUACUGAGCAUAGGAAUGGUAAUGGUCGCCAUUAUCGUUGCAGUGUUUGUGUACCGACGACGACGAAAAGGUGUAAGCACUCACAGUACCAGGAACUUGGUGUUUGACGGUCGAGACCUUCAAAAAAAUAAAGACAAUGCGGAGGAGACAACUAUCUUUAAUGUGGGCUGCGUGGAGGAAAAUCUGGGGGUGUUUCUGAAAGCCCAUUAUUCCGAUUCCUUCAGCACAGAGGCGAAACAGCACUGUGACGCUGUCAGUGUGGAGGAGCUACACCACAAGUUGCAAAACAAUAAGGGCCAGCCUCUGAAUCUUCAAGCUUUACUCCCAGAAGCUGGAGAGACACUCUUCCUUGAGGGGCCCCCAGAAAGCGGGAAGACAACUUACGCCCACAUCCUGGUCUCCUCUUGGACUGAGGGGUCCACACAUGCCCUCUCGAACCUCCUCGAUCUCAGCACCCUUCAACUCCUCUUUUACGUCGACUGCAGCAAAGUGAAGGGCAGCCUGUAUCAGGAAAUAAUGACUCAGCUUUCUCUCACUGAAAAGAUAUCAACAGAGGAUGAGCUGAGGACGGUGUUAACCAGGUGCAGUGAGGCUCUGCUGCUGUUGGACGGGUACAAAGAAGGGAACCAAUAUUUCGACGAGUCCUUGAGGAAGUUUCUAAUGGAGAAAGGAGAGUGCAGGGUGCUGGUAACGGCCUGCCCAGGACACUGCCCCACACUGAAGGGUGCAGUUGAGACAGAACAGGUGCUGCUGCUCCAAACACAAAUUGCAAAGUACUGAGGGCACAAACACUUGUGACCAACAAAGACAUUAAGCACUUGUUACAUGUUAAACAAGCAUUUUAUGAUGUUGAUAUGUUUUUACAUGGACUAUGUUGUGUGAGUUUGUAUAAUCCCAAAUAUGCUGCAAAGACUGUUGAAUGCAUAUAUGUAUAUGUAAUAAAUUCUACUUUUGUACUCUAACUCUUUA